GUCUUAUAGCAGUCCCAUAUAUUUAUUUAUGGUCAGUCCAGGGACUUGAGCCGGUCAAGCCAUGCACAUCAAUAAGCCCAGUCUACCGGAUCUUAAGCAUUCACCACAUGAUACAGUUUGGCUUGCGCUGGGUUUGAUAUGGAUACUACAGCAGAGACAUCGCUAACAUGCCAUGAACUCUCUAACUCUAUCAGUCAGGCAUGCGAUACCGGCAACAGUCCUGCGUGCUCCUGCUUCGAGACAGAUUCGCAUUCGCCGUUAUCCAUAUCAUUACCUGCCUCACCACCGUCUCCAGUAAAGGUAGUGUCAGGCCCGAAGCUUCCAAAACCUGAAGUGAUGGGCUCCGGCAGCCGGUCAAGAUGGAAGAGUAGAAGGUCAAAAACGACGAGACGAAGUCCGAACCCGAAAUGUGAACGAAAGUCUGAUAUAACCAUUGAUUCCUCCAAGCCAUUCAAGCUGUCGAAUCUCUCCACACCAGAGCUCGAGAAAAGCUUUCGAGCAUUGUCCUGCCAUCAUCUGAAGUUGCAAGAAAAGCAUGUCGCCCUGAUGAAGGCGCAUUUGGAGAGAGAGAAUGAGAUCACUCGCCUCACUGCUCAGAUACGCGCGUUGGAGAAUGAGCUCUAUCUGACACAGCUUGCGCACAGUGACGAGGCCUUUGAUCCACUUCGGACCUCAUUGAAUCAAUAUGAUAUUCGGCCGACUGGGGAUACUCCUAGCCGAGAGGCUCAUACGACGUUGCCUUGGUGACACAGGAGCCCUACUAAAAAGCAGCGUUACCGAGGCUGUGGGCGACAUCUGACUGUACCAUCAUCAAUAAGGACACUUGGUGCUCGUAUAGCUCAGACUCGUGGCGUCGAUCAACAUUCUCGUGCCUAGAACCUUUGCGCCGGAUAUUGCGGAAAGACUCUACCGAGGA